AUGGUUUCUCCUUUACCAAAGGAGGAAGCUGACAACAUUUAUCCUCUUCUUGUUCAGUGUGGCAUGGCAAUAAAGGUACCUCACCCAAGUUACCCAUCUACACGAAUCUCUAUUCAAGUGCCUAACCUUGGCAUUCACAUCUCACUGUAUGUCUAUUAUGCUUUGUUUGCUGGAUUUAUACAUGAGAUUGAAUAUACAGGAUCUUGGGACAUGUACGAUCCAGAGGGAUAUUCUCUUUGGUUCUGUGAUUACAAGUACAAUGAUGAGAAUACUGUUUCAUUCGUGACUUUGAACAAGGUUGGUGGCUUUCUCCAACGAAUGGAUCUCGCUCGUAAAUAUGCUUUCAGGAAGAUGUUAGUGAUUGGAUCAGAACCUCCAUUUAAGGUGAAAGGUUUAUGGCUUUUCCGUGGACAAGAGAUCCCAAAAUUCGUCCUGGACGAGUGCUACGACAUUGAACUUUAUGAAUGGAGGAAGGUUGAUAUAUCGAACAAGGGAUAA